AGUGCGGGAGGGGCCUCCUUCCAACAGUCAAGCUAUUCACGCACAUUCCAGCGCUUCCCCCUUUCCGAGUCAAUCGCAACAGCUACGGGCGUGUUCGCAGUGCUUAUUGCAACAACAGACCACCAAACAGACCAUGGCGCUCAACGGCAUCGACGGCGAGUACUCCGGUUGGGUGUACAAGCAGGGCUCGCUAGUCAAGAACUGGAAGAAACGCUUCAUGGUGCUUAGUGGACGACAGCUAACUUACUACGACACGUCCAAGUUGGUCCCUACAGUCAAACCCAAAGGCAGCUUCCAGGUCAUCACUGUGGAACUCAGUACAGACAUUCAGAAUGGACUGCUGGUGCACGGCCGCGGCGGCCGCGUGCUCAAACUCUACACGGCGUCGGCCGAGGCCACCAGCGCCUGGUACAACAUGAUCCUGGACGCCACCACAGCGACCCCGCAGCAGUUCGUAGCUGCGCCUCCCGAUCGCUUUUCAACUUUGUCGGCUGCCAACUCUAAACCCGUGGAUCUGGACGAUGAGAUGGAGCUUUUGGACCGUCUUGAGUCUCUUCCGCUAAGUGAAAGCGGCAGCGAGCAAGUGACACACUCAGGUUGGCUCAAGAAGGAAGGAGCUCGUGUAAAGAGCUGGAAACGCCGGUAUUUCGUGCUACGUGGGAACGCUCUGUCUUACUUUAACUCUGAAGACACAGGAGCCGCCGCUAAGGGCUACGGCCAUGUGAAAGCUGUGGAGGUGAAUGGCACAGUGACCAACGGCCUGGAUAUUUCGUUCGAUAACGGACGGAUACUGCGAGUCUCGGCCAAAAACAGCGGAGAUAUGGAACUCUGGCUCUGCAAAUUGAGCGACGCCAUCGAGGCCGCAAACACGGAGAUGAACAACGUGCGGCAGUCGCUAGCGGCUCGCAACUCGUUCCGAUCCUCGUCGAUAGGAGGACCUUCGCCGACAAGAAUGAAGCAGCAGCAGAGGAUCCAGCAAUACAACAACAGGAACGCUGGACUCCCGAUGCGACACUCACUGGCGUCCGUGCCGUCGAAGCCCAGAGGAUCAGUGGCUGAAACGCCCGAGAUGCCGCAGCGACGUACAGUGUACGAGAAACGGUCGUCAUCGUCUCUGGACGACUCGUACAUUUCGUCGGGUCUGUCAUCGCAGUUCUCCUCGUCCAGCUCCUACAACCACUCGAACUCGUUCCCGGAUGGCUCGGCACCGGUGGCAAGGCCGAACGGGCAUACGAAUGGCACAACCAACACGCAAAGCUCAUCGAGCUCCACAUUCUUUGACAGCGACAGCGAGUACGACAGUGAUGACAGCGAAGGCGACUGGAUUUAAGGCGGCUUGACCACGAAUGCGUGACCAUACAGACAUACCGUGAUGAUCCCAUUUUCCGACGCGGAUGAUUCCACCAAAUCGGUCAGAUAUCAGCGCAAUUUUGGAGCGGACUAUGCGCAACCUCCCGACACACACCACAUUGUUGUGUGUCAGUGUAUUGAAUGCCGGGCCACCGUUUGCGAGCCCUGGGGUCUUUGUUUGUAUCACUACACGACCAACGCGCCAGAAUAAGUCAACGCAGACACCUUCGGAGCUGUAGCUUUGAUUUUGCUUUUCUAGUGCGUCCUCGUGACCCCUUCCUAACUAAUAUGAGAACUUUUACUAGAAUCUUUUGUAAUCAA